AUGUCCGGUGAUACAGAGGGACGUCUCCAUGCCCUACCAGAAACCAAGACUACGAUAGUCACACCCGACCGCAAACGCGGCAAUGCCUACCAGAAAUCCUGGGCCGUAGCACAAGCCCUUCUCCUUGCCACCGUUAUAACACAAUUCAUUCUGAUCCACCGCGGCUAUGUGUUUGGCAGUGUUGAUGUAUGUCAACCGGUAGAUCAAAGCCAUGACAGGCCGACUGCACAUUCCAAAGGCAUCCCGGAUUACUAUCAGACAUCGCCAGAGCUCUUUCCUGGCCCGACUCCUACAGGCUCUCCGGCUUUUCUUGCAGAGACAAGACCGGUCUUCACGGGAACUACAUAUAUCCCAAACUCGCCUUUGGAGACGCAAGUCCCUAUUACCGGUAACAAACGUGAUGGCAACAUCUUCCAGCUGCAUGGUCAACUCUCCCACUAUUUCCCGAACCCUGAUGGCUUUGGCGUGGAUGAGUAUGCCCUCCCCAAGAACGCAUCGAUUGUGCAGCUACACAUGCUGUCCCGUCACGGAGCACGAUAUCCUACCUCGUCUGAAGGUUUCGCAUCUCUCACAAGAAAGAUCGCAAAUCACACCUCUGAGACUGGUCACUUCAAAGGACCAUUAGACUUCCUAAACACGUGGGACUAUAAGCUCGGUGCUGCGAUCCUUGUUCCGGUUGGGAAACAGGAGCUGUUUGAUUCGGGAACGCUUCAUCAGAUCAUGUACGGGCACCUCUUCCCAAACAACGGGACCAAACUCAUCGCACGCUCUACAACCCAAGAUCGUAUGGUCGAAUCCGCGGAAUAUUUUCUUGCUGGCUUCUUCGGGCUCGGUUGGACUGACAAUGCAACACUAGUCCUGAAUCGAGAAGGCUCCUCAGGCCCCUGGAACAACACGCUGGCCGGAUAUUUCAACUGUAACAAUUCUCAGACAAUGAGUAACGGCGGACGCGAUGCCGGCCUAGAAUGGCAGAGUAUCUAUCUGGUGGAUGCCACGAAGCGAUUGAACUCGUAUGCUCCAGGUUUCAACUGGACUACCUCAGACGCCCAUGCAGCUCAAUCGCUAUGUGCCUAUGAGACUGUCGCAUUGGGCUACUCCGCCUUUUGCGGUUUGUUCACUUACGAUGAAUGGGAAGGAUACGAGUACACCACAGCUCUAGAGUUCGGAGGAGGCGCCAUGUUCCAGUCACCCACAGGAAGAGCAAUGGGAGCUGGAUACGUCGCAGAGAUUCUUGCUCGUCUACAGCAUCGUCUGAUCACCGAGCCCACCGCUCAAGUCAACGUCACGUUGGAUAGCAACCCAGACACAUUCCCACUCGAUCAGGCACUGAACUUCGACUUCUCCCACGACACCAAUAUCGCUAGUAUCCUAACAGCUUUCGGACUCACUCAAUUCGCACCCGUGCUCCCGACCGAUCACCUCGAACGGAAUCGUUCGCUCAUCGUAUCGCACCUCACCCCAUUCGCUGCUAGACUCGACAUGGAGAUUAUUGAGACCCCAAAACCACUCGAUCCAUCCAGGAAGUCUGGAGAUUCGUGGGAUGAAAAGGGAGAUGUUACGAGAUAUAUGCAUUUCAUCCUCAAUCAGCGAACCAUUCCUCUCGGGAAAAGUUUCCCCGAGUGUGGGGACCGAGAUGAUGGGUGGUGUGAACUCGGCACGUUUUUGAAGGUCCAGUCGACUAAGUUGAAGGAGGCCCAGUAUGAGUAUAGUUGCUUUGGGGAUUAUGAGGAUGUGCCUUACGGGAGCAUUACGAAUGGUGUGCCGCUUGGGAAGAAAUAG